AUAUUACUGCUAGUACUUAAUACAAUCGGUAAAUAUUAAGAUAAAUUAAUAAAAUCUAAAUUUUAAGAUAAAAUUGUAAAAAAUGGGUGUAUAGAUUUGAUUCUGGAUAAUUUUAGCCCUAAUAUUAUGUCAUUUUGUGAUCUCCAAAACCUGUCAACUGCAGUCUUGGUGCCUGUAAAUUGUAAACUAGAAAAUCGAGAAGUGUUGAGAGAGAGAUGGACAGUGGAGAAGAGAACGAUAUGGUUUGCUUGGAUGAAUCUUUCUUCAUCAACGACAACUACCAAAUCGCAAGGUUUACAUUUGGGUCACAAAUUCUUGAACUCUACUGCCUCCAGUCCGCCUCAACUGAUUUUGAUUUGACAGGGCAGAUGGUAUGGCCUGGAGCAGAGCUCUUGAAUAAUUAUCUCUCGAAGAAUUCUGACAUUCUGCGAGGGUGUUCUGUUAUCGAGCUUGGCUCUGGUGUUGGCAUCACAGGGAUACUCUGUAGCAGAUUUUGUAGGGAAGUAGUUAUGACUGACCAUAAUGAUGAGGUUCUUAAGAUCCUAACAAGGAAUAUUGAGUUAGACGACUCUUCAAAGAAUUCAGCUUGUUCUGCCAAAUUGAAAUCUGCAAAGCUAGAAUGGGGAAAUUCUGAGCAACUCGAUGACAUAUUGCAGAGGCAUCCAGAAGGAUUUGAUCUUGUUGUUGGAGCUGAUAUCUGCUUUCAGCAAGCCAGUGUUCCUCUGCUCUUUCAUACUGUUAAAAGGCUCCUCAAUGUCGGCCUCAAGAAGAAUUGUCGGUUUAUACUGGGCUACGUGUCACGAGCCAAAGUAAUGGACGAUAUGGUUAUAGGAGAAGCCUCUCGGCAUGGACUGCGUAUAACUGAAGUUGCUGGAACUCGUGCUGAGAUAAGAAAUCUUGGUGGAGUUAUUUAUGAAAUUACUUGUCCAUGACUCAUCAGAAGCGAAUCCACGACUCAGAUGGAGAUUGAUAUCUGUUCAUGGCGAUUUUGAUAGUUUUUGUUCUCUUGAGAGUCGUUUUGAAUGAAUCGGGUUAAAUUUUUUUCCGGAUUAGAAAUUUUCUACCCUAAUCUUUUCUCCCGAUUUAUUUGAGUGGACAUGUCACUUUUAGACUGGAUUGAUAUCUCUAAUCCAAUAUGUAUGGAAGAGUAUAAUGAUGAAAUGAAGCAGAUUUUCGUAUAA